ACGUCACGCACGUACCUGAGUUUCGGUGAGGAGAGGAGAGGGGAGGGGAAGGGCCGAGCCGGAGCGAACAACAACAGCUCUUCCCAAUCCUCCAACAAUCAUUUGUUGUUAUUCGCACCUGCCUCAGUCCCAGCUAACAUCGGCGAUAUUUUUUUCUUUGAUUGAAUAUUCGGUAGUUUGGAGCUGAUUUCCAGCUGUGCUUCCAGCUGCGGGAGAGCAGGCCGACGAGGAGAGGAUUCCGCUUCCUGGUUUGGCGACAGUUCUCGUGCGCUGAACUUCUCCAAAACUCCCGGGAGCCGCCGACCGCGUGACCCCCGCCGGUGUGUGUCGUCUUCAGCGCCGGGAUGGCGGUGACCCCGCGGCGGGUCCGCCUGAAGCCCUGGCUGGUCGCUCAGGUGGACAGCGGGCGGUACCCGGGCCUGGUGUGGAUCGACCGCGAGGGCAUGCGCUUCAGGAUCCCGUGGAAACACGCCACACGGCACACGCCCCAGCACGAGGACGAGGACACCAUAUUUAAGGCGUGGGCCGUGGAGACUGGGAAGUUUCAAGAGGGAGUUGAUGAACCUGAUCCUGCAAAGUGGAAAGCUCAGCUUCGAUGUGCCCUGAACAAAAGCAGAGAAUUCAACCUGGUCUUCGAUGGCACCAAAGAGAUUCCCAUGAAUCCUUUGAAGAUCUAUGAUGUCUGCGACAUCCCAAUGCCCUCCAUUAACCAAUCCUCCUCAGAUGCCGGUUCUUGGACUCCACAUGAGGACGAUGGUGUUGAGGAGGAAAUUCCAGAUACCCCAGAAUCUCUCCCUCCAUAUCCAUCCAACGGCACCAGUCCCUCCCCUCUAAUUAUGUGGUCUCCAAGCUCCGAGUCGCAGCCUUCCAGUUGUCCCCCUUCAAAUGAGGUCUGGCCCAAAGAGGAGUCGGUUGAAGUUUGGCCCAAAGAGGAGCCUGCAGAUGUGGAGAUGCACCCAACUCCCAUGUUGCCUCCUGCACCGCUGCCCGACCACUCAAUGCAACCGCAUCCGCAUAUAACGGACACCUUUUUCGCCUCUCCAGAGAUGUGGAUCAGUUCCCUCCCGAUGACCGACCUGGAGGUGCAGUUCCAUUACAGAGGGAAGGAGAUGUGUCCCAUGGCGACCGUCAGCAACCCGCAGGGCUGCAGGCUGUUCUACGGGGACCUCGGCCCCAUGGUCAACCAGGAGGAGCUGUUCGGGCCGGUGAACCUGGAGCAGCUACGCUUUCCGACCACGGAGCACAUCACCAACGACAAGCAGAAGGUUUUCACUAACCGCCUGCUGGACGUGAUGGACAGAGGCCUCAUCCUGGAGGUCAGCGGUCACGAUAUCUACGCAGUGCGUCUGUGCCAGUGCAAGGUGUACUGGUCCGGUCCCUGUGCUCCAAAUCCAGCGGCUCCGAAUCUUAUAGAGCGCCAGAGGAAGAUCAAACUCUUCUGCCUGGAGUCUUUUCUCAGUGGAGUAAUAGCCCACCAGCGUGGCCAGACGCCAAGCCCUCCUGGCUUUGAAAUUAACCUGUGUUUCGGAGAGGAGUGGCCUGAUGGGAGACCCAUAGAGAGGAAACUUAUCAUGGUUCAGAUCAUUCCUGUGGUCGCCCGCAUGAUAAGCGAGAUGUUUUCCGGAGACAACACGCGGUCCUUCGACAGCGGCAGCGUUCGGCUGCAGAUCUCCAUUCCAGAUAUCAAAGACAACAUAGUUACCCACCUGAAGCAGCUGUACUGCCUGCUGCAGACCCACCAGGGCCAGGACGGCUGGGCGCUGCCCCCUGGUGCCGGCUUGAACAUCGUCCAGGCGCUGCACAAUGGCACAGGCACAAUAAACUAAACGUAUUACGCAGCGAACCAACAUGUGACACGCACGUCAACGUAGGACUCACACUGCUAGCGGGAGUUACCCACCGUUGGCCAAGAAGUACAUGCGUGUAAUGGUGUUUAGAAGUGUGCACUCUGCACUGUAGGAGUCUUGUGCUUUUCUCUAGUAAUGUUCUCAAGGCGUUUCUGUAUAUAAAGCAGUGCCCUCAAUCCUGCAUCAUUGUGUGUGUGUGUGUGUGUGUGAGUGUGUGUGCAGGUACAGAUAGACCGAUGUGGCGCCUCUAUUGGCCAAAGUCCUGCUCGCCGACAUGAAACACGUUGCAUAGUUAAUGAGUUACAGGAAUUUGUCAAACUGGUCAGUGAUUACCAAACUUUCCUGGAGUCAAGAAACGGCGCAGAAUACCUUUUUUAUCUUAUGACCUAAAAUAUGGCUAUAUAUAUAUAUAUAUAUAUAUAUAUAUAUAUAUAUAUAAUUGCCAUAUUUUGUAAAACAUGUGAUUGUUAUGAAUAGAUGCUAAAAUAUUAAUUAACGUAUGACUGCCUUUUUCUUCUAUUACUAUUUAACAGCCCAUCUGCACUCAGUUUUCUGGUCGACUGGCCUGCGGUUUUGUCUUCAGUUUUUUUUUUUUUGUCAUUAAUAUUUUAAGGUCAUUUUUGUAUUCACAUCUUUUUUUUGUUUUUAUUUCAUUUAUAAUCAGGAAAUCAUUAGACUAAACAACAUUCAGCUAUUCUAUUAUGAUCUGGUUUGAUAUUGAUGUCACUGCAUUGCUAAAUCAUGAUUUACAUUCAGUAGAAUUUUUUGUCUAUUAUGAUUUAUAUUGUCAAUAAAAAAAAAAGCACAA